CUUUAUGUAAUGAAACGUUCCCCAGAACUAACUAGUUAACUAAGUUAGUUACGCAUGCAGAAGCAUGUCCCGCAAACGCCUUGUUCAAAUCGGGAGGGAACCCCGGAUUCAUGGAUUCAUGGAUUUAUCACUUUGUUUGUCUAUGGACCAUGGCCAUGGGGCCAUAAACGGACCCCAGCGCAUCGCAUUGCCCGACGCGAUGCGGAUAGAUCUCGGUGUUUCGAGUUGGCAAAGAAGAGACUGGGGUAAGCAGCACGAAAUUGACCCCAUUAUUGUAACCGCGUAUACCUUCCCUCCAUCGUGAAUGGCGUGGAGUCCGUCAUUGUAUCAAAAAUUCGCCAGACGCAAGCGAGCCAGGGGGUGCUUGAUGGACGGGAAUUGAUUUGUCAAAUCGCCCCAAGACAGUGUCACAGCACUGGCAGAAGAGACACCGGCAAAUACUUUCUUUAUCUCAACUUCUUCUUCUUCUUUUUUUUUUUUUUUUUUUUUUUUUUUUUUUUUUUUUCCUUGCCCUUUUUUCUCCAGAAAAUAUCUCUACAAGAAGCCGAGAAACCACGUCAAGAUAGAUAAACUCGGGUCGAGGAUACGCGCUUUUCGGCCGCUCCGAGCCAGAGCGAACCAGCAGCCGCCAUCCCGCACCGGGUUCCAUUUCCCCUCUCCAAGCAGUCCAAAGACCUGAUAAGGGCCAAUCAGCCGUUCGAGCAGAUGAGAUUCCCCAUGUGGCGGAUCACGCUACGGCUGCCAAGGCCCUCUGGAACGGAGAUGAUACAACCCAAGCAACUCCACCAAAGUCAAUUUACGGCAAGGAAGGUUUUGUUGCUGUUCCGCCUGGACAAGAACUGAGCCUGCUGAGGCCCUAAAAAUUGGCACAGUCAAACGCCAAAAGCUUAGUCGCGCCAUUAAUUGGCAAGCUGGCUGGCUGCAAUGAGCAUCGUGUGCGCAUCAUCUGAAGAAUCUCCAGCUGUCGAAUUAUUAUGGGAUGGGGUUCAAACAGCGACCAUGCCCACUCCGUACAGGAUUGACUAGUCAGGAUUCUUCGGAAAAGGAGUUCAACUCCCACCUGGGGUAUUGAGGGAAUCCUCCCUCCAGGACUCUUCUCUUCUCAGCAGCAGGCAGUUUGUCACUACUUUUGUCUGACGCUGUCUGUGCUGUGAGAAAAAAUGGGGCCGCCUCUUGAUUCCUGAUUCCUGAUUCAUGAUUCCUGGUUCCUGGUUCUAGAACAGGACUGGACUGGCUCUCUUUCCGUUACGGAGUAUUGUGGCAACAAUUAUGAAAAUAAUAUUUGUCACUUAUACCAACAUGUCAGCCUAUUCUCUCAACCAUGCCCUCGUUUCGCUUCCAGAAAUCGUUGAGGCAUAAGCGCUACCGAGAGCCAUUUGUCAUCCCUGUCAAAACAACGCUGCGCAACAUACGGAGUAUUUUAUUUAUUAUUAUUCUUUCUAUGGACUAUUAUAAAAUAGCGCUCAUUCAUUUCUUCGGGUAAGCCCGUCCACGUCCAGGCCUUGGCAGAUCCGUGUCUUGGCGCCAAGAAUGAGCGGGAUUACUUGACAAUUGCCGUGCAGUGGCGCCGAGCACAGAACAAGUCCGCCCAAUCAUAGGACGGCAAUCUGCAGGACCGAUGGAUGGCUGCUUUGGCGGGACGUCGAUCACUGGCGCCAUUCUGUGAUAAAACCGAGGCCGGAAUUGUCAAAACAAAAAGAAAGAAUGGAAGAAAGAAAGAAAGGAAGGAACAGAAGGGACAUCGCGGUUCUCAACCCCAAAUGUCUCGUAUUAGCCACAUAUGCUCUCCUAUUAUCCUAUUAUCAGUCUGAGUUUUUUGCGUCCGGAUACACCAAAAGAUGGUGAUGCAAAAAUCACGAGAGGCGGGAAAAAUUAACUAAUGCCCUCCAUUAAAGUUGAUAUUUCCAUUCGCUGGGGAAUAAUUUGCAUUCUCACCACCCAUCUCGGCCUAAGCACAUGCUUGAUUUUGCCUAUGGUUACAAUGGAGCAUGCCUGCCAAGCUUUUCGGGGGGAGAAUGCUAUUUUCCGCCACAUGUGCUGGAAGGCCAAAACUGGGCAGUCGUUAACCGCGGGGAAGCGAAAUGUCCCACACGAGCAGGCCGCAGAAAUAAGGAUGGGAUCGUAUCACUAGGUCUCACAUCAUCCGAAAGCAAGCCCAUGAACAAGACGCAUUUUCAGAUCUAGGUGCGAAGGUUCCUCGUCAUAUUUGGCGAUGAUGGCGAUACUGGCGAUACGGCGCUUUCUUUGGCUGGGUGUCUUAGUCUCUUGUCCCGCACAAACACACAGCCAAGAUCUCAGAAAGCACGUCCGUCGGAGACUCGGAGGUGGGGAGAUAAAUAUCUUGCUCCUUCGCCGAGACUUGGCGUGUUGGCGCACUCGCAGGCUUUUGUAGCUAAAAAAGAGGCCAGCGAGGAAGGUCAAGUGCUUGUCCCGUCCAAUGGUUCCCCACUCGUAAUCCCACCAAUUAUGAUCCCGGGUUCCUUAACCAAAUGCGAAGUGGGAAUGUCAGCGGAUUGGAUGAGGCUUUCGGAGAUUGCUUUUCUCCUGGUGCAACCCAGGAAAUCAGGACUUAUGGCAAACCUGGCUACAAGUUUUUCAAGCUUUGAACCCUAAUUCGGUUUGGUCCCAGCCCUAACCUGGUCCACCAUCACGGCAUCAAUUCACGGCAGGAAGCCCAAUUCGAGGUACUCCUCCCUCUUCUCUCUACUUCCUCCCGAUCCCCAGCGCUCGGCGGGAUAGACAUGAAUGCCCUGCCUAUUUUAUUUUAUUUUAUUGUUUAUUUAAUCCUUUUGGAUGUGGGAUAACCCGCAGGGAGAUUGUCACAAGGCUCCACAUCCCAUUGUCUCCUGUAUUUGAUGAAUACCAGUGAAUGAGCUGCCGCGCAAAAACUAAUUACUUUUCUCAGUGUGGUUGCACAAGGGUUCCUCCGAACAAACGAUAGCGCCUAUGAGCAAACUUUCCCAAUAUGCGGAGUUUCGCUGCCCGCUCGGGUGAUUGUAUGGAUACCCCGUACUAGCUAUGCCAACGGCCACGCCUGGGUGAAGUAUUCUUCCUUUGUUAAGCGUUGCAGCACAAACAGGGAGGAGGAGAUAUGCUUGGCAUGGGCAUGCUCGCUCUGACUCUCUUGACCCUGGCUAGAAGUAAUAUGGAACUCAUACUGUAUUUGCUGGACAUCGACCAUGGUCCCAUCCUGUUAGCCUCAACCUCAAUUAAUGACCCUUGUUGACCUUGACCCAAUUGACACAAGUUCUGCUAUGAUUGAUGAGGGGGGGCCCCGAGCCAGCGUUGCAACCCCGCUGCCCAAGCCGAAGACCUGGAGUUUGUCCGUUUCUAUACAGGCGAUUUUAAAGAUUCCUACAUAUAACGGGAUAUACCCCCGUUCGUUGGAUGGAGCUUUUACCCCUUCCUUCUUCUCUUCUCAGGCCCAGCCCGCGAAGCGAUAUCCAAACCAACGGUUCACCUUGGUUCUCAUACAAUCGCGAGGAUGGCUACAUCCCAAGAAGUUGAGAUUCAAAAGGCCGCUGGCAGCGGUUCAUCUGACAAAGGUGCAGUUGCGGGCAGCAAUGAGAAGGAAAUAGGGGCCACUGUCUAUACCAGUGACCAUGACAGUCUCGAAAGCAUUAAUCGACAGGCGCCCACGCCAGACGAGAUUGAAACCCUCCGCCGUGUUCCCGAUAAAAUCCCAUGGCUUGCUUUCUCUAUCGCCUUCGUCGAGUUGUGCGAACGGUUCUCUUACUAUGGAACCAUUGUCGUGUUUGUGAACUUCAUCCAGCGGGACCUGCCUGAAGGCUCCACCACUGGUGCUGGCGGCACUCAUCGCACUCCUGGUGCCUUGGGCUUGGGGCAGCGGGCUUCCACUGGUCUAACUUUAUUCAAUUCUUUUUGGUCCUAUGUUAUGCCACUGGCUGGCGCCUAUGUUGCCGAUCAGUAUUGGGGUCGCUUUAACACCAUUAUGUACUCCAUCGCCGUCGCACUCGUCGGACACACGGUUUUGAUCAUUUCAGCAAUCCCCCCCGUGCUGAAAAACCCCAAUGGUGCCGUCGCGUGCUUUGCGGUUGGCCUUAUCAUCAUGGGAGUGGGAACUGGUGGAUUCAAAUCCAAUAUCUCCCCCCUGAUUGCAGAGCAGUACACUGAGGAAUACAUGUUUAUCAAGACGACGAAGAAAGGCGAGCGCGUGAUUGUCGACCCCGCUGUCACUGUCUCCCGAAUCUACCAUUAUUUCUAUCUCAUGAUCAACAUUGGAGCUCUCAUUGGGCAAAUCGCCAUGGUUUACGCUGAGAAAUAUGUCGGCUUCUAUCUCUCAUUCCUCCUCCCCACUUGCAUGUUCUGUUUGUGCCCAAUGGUCCUCUAUCUUCUGCGCAACAAAUACAGCCGGCACAAGCCUGUUGGUUCGGUGUACGACAAAGCCUUUAAGGUAUGGAUGAUGGCUAUCAAGGGCCGGGUGUCAUGGAACCCUGCGAGGACAUACCGCAACUUCCACGACCCAGACAUGUGGGAAAGAGUCAAGCCCAGCAACAUUGCCAACAAGCCAGAAUGGAUGACAUUUGACGAUGCGUGGGUUGAUGAGGUCCGCCGUGGUCUCAAAGCAUGUGCCGUUUUCCUGUGGUACCCACUUUACUGGCUUUCCUACAAUCAAAUGUUGAACAACCUCACAUCCCAGGCCGCAACCAUGUUGCUCAAUGGAGUGCCUAACGACAUCAUCACCAACCUCAACCCUUUCACGCUCAUCAUUUUCAUCCCUCUGCUUGACAGAUUCUUCUACCCCCCGCUCCGAAAGCUUGGCAUCAAGCUUACCCCUGUGAAGCGCAUCACCAUUGGCUUCUUCCUCGCAAGUUCCAGUAUGAUUGCUGCCACAGUAAUUCAGUACUACAUCUACAAACUGGGCCCUUGCGGGAAGGAAGCCAACGUAUGCGCCGCAGACGAUAUCCCCGCCCCCAUCUCCGUCUGGGUGCAAGCCGUCCCGUACGUACUUGGUGGUGUUUCCGAAAUCUUUGCUUCGGUAACUAGUCUUGAGUACGCCUUCACCAAGGCGCCCAAGAACAUGCGUUCCCUGGUCCAGGCCGUGGCCCUGUUCAUGAAUGCCUUCUCUGCCGCCCUUGGCCAAGCACUCGUCGGCCUGUCUGAGGAUCCCCUGCUCGAGUGGAACUACGCUGUCACCGCCAUCCUUGCCUUCGUCGGUGGUGUCGGCUUCUGGAUCACCAACCGCAGUACCGAUAAGGAAGAAGAUACGCUUAAUAACUUGCCGACUGGCGACUUUGAAACGCGCAACGAUGAUAUUGAGCGGAAAUUCGCUGAGAAUUAGGAUUAAGAAAGGAAAGAAAAAAGAACCAAAAAAAUUUUGUAACUAAGUCGAGUUUUUUUGCUUCAUUUUUUUCUUCAUUUUUUUCUUCCUUUUGUGUCUUUUGUUUUUCCUUCUUCUCGCGAUGUAAGCGGGAACCGGAACGGAUGAGAUGGUCUAGGACGUUAGGCAUACACACCACACAUGUGAUUUAUGUUUGAUAUCCUUUUUAUUUUAUACAUAUAUCUCUUCUUCUUCCUUAUUAUUGACAUGGAAAUAGAUUUUGACAAGUGUUUCAUGUGUAUAUAUAUACGCAUGUAUCCGCCUACGUGUGUGUAUAGCGUGGCCAAUAGAUACAGAAACCCCUAUCAAUUCUAGUUUUUUAACUAUCGUUGACAUAGCCGUAAGAACGACCGUAAUGAUACCAUCUAUUUUUUCAAAAACAUCUUCUCAGUCUGAUUCUUCCAAGAUCGGGGGGGGUACGUCCUCUGUUAUAUACAAAUAACAUGCCCAUUGUGAUCGUAGAAGGAGCGAUUGCAAGUUGCAAUCAUAGAAGUAGCGAUCGCGGGGCUACAAUAGGAAAGAAAAUAAUCGGCCCUAAGUGUGGGCGGAAGAAGGAAGGAAUGGGGGGCAGAGGGUGGAGCGGAAGGUUAGGGGGGUGGAAAGCCAGGGGCUUCCACCAACACACUCGGAGUCUGUGACAAUAAUCCUAAAG